CAAACUGAGCUCUGACACCGUGGAGGAGAAAUUGCUCCAAGAAAAAAUGGUAAAAAGGUUGCAGCAACAAUGAAUGGGAUUUUUCUCAUCGUUGGGAGACACUGGGAUGAAAUUGGUGUCCAUUUGGACUUAAGUAAAGCCUAGAGACCUCAUUUAGAAAGCCAGGAAAAACAUAUUUCAGUUGGUGUCCUUAUCUAGUCACCUCCUACUUUGCUUUGCUGUUCAGAAAGUGUUUCCCAACCGCGUGGCCAAACACAGAUAAUAGCUCCACAGUGAAUUUUGCAACGAGGAGUAUGUUCUGCUUAUGAGAAGAAUGCAAAAAUGGCUGACUUGACAUUGCUGGGAGCUAACAACUUCCGCCGCUUCACUCCCGAAUCCUUGGUUGCCAUUGAGAAACGCAUUGCGGCCAAGAAAGCAUGCGGAGACCCACCCCCUGCAGAGAAGCCACGCCCUCAGCUUGACCUACAGGUAUUCCAGAAGCUGCCUGCCCUGUAUGGAAACCCUCCUCUGGAGCUCAUUGGAGAACCUCUUGAAGAUCUUGACCCCUACUAUCAUGAUCAUAAGACAUUUAUGGUGUUGAACAAAGGGAAGGCCAUCUUCCGAUUUACAGCCACACGUGCUUUGUACAUCUUUAGCCCUUUUCAUCCAAUCAGACGAAUGGUAAUUAAGCUUUUGGUACAUUCAUUGUUCACUAUGUUUAUUAUGGUCACUAUUUUCACCAAUUGUGUCUUCAUGGCUCUUGCGGACGUGCAGUCAAAUAGCAGCGAGACUUCCUCCACGAAGUAUGUUGAGUAUACUUUCACGGCCAUUUAUUCCUUUGAAUGUCUAAUCAAGAUAUUGGCAAGAGGCUUUUGCCUGAAUGAAUUCACCUUCCUUCGAGACCCAUGGAACUGGCUGGAUUUCAGUGUUAUCGUGAUGGCACUUUUGGGAGAGUUUAUUGAUAUGGGCGGUGUUUCCGUCCUUCGGAUGUUCCGGGUGCUGAGAGCUUUAAAAACCGUUUCCAUUAUCCCAGGUCUGAAAGUCAUUGUAGGUGCCCUAAUCCAGUCUGUUAAGAAACUCGCAGAUGUUAUGAUCCUGACUGUUUUCUGCCUGAGUGUGUUUGCCCUCAUUGGUCUUCAACUCUUUAAAGGACAUUUGAGACACAAAUGUGUCAAGAACUACACGGAAUAUAUCAGCCAGAGCAUGUCCAAUGAAACAUCCUUUUCAUCUAAACAGAACUUGACUCCGUAUGAGAAUUUUACCAAUAGCCCAGGAAAUUACAUACAUAAGAAUGGCACUGAAGAUUAUUUAUUGUGCAGCAAUGCUUCAGAUGGUGGUUCCUGCCCGCCGAAAUACGUAUGUCUGAAGGUUGGAGAAAAUCCUGACUAUGGGUACACAAGCUUUGAUACGUUUGGCUGGGCCUUCCUUUCCCUGUUCCGCCUCAUGACGCAGGAUUACUGGGAACGCCUCUAUCAACAGACUCUCAGAGCAUCUGGGAAGAUCUAUAUGCUGUUUUUCAUGCUGGUCAUAUUUCUGGGAUCAUUCUACCUGGUCAACUUGAUCUUGGCCGUGGUCACGAUGGCCUACGAAGAACAGAGCACAGCCACUAUUGCUGAAACAGAAGCAAAAGAAAGGAAAUUUCGUGAAGCCAUGGAGAUGCUGAAGAAAGAGCAGGAGGAAUUAGCUGCGAAAGAAAACGAUAGCAUGUCUCAUAGCUCAUAUGAAGUGUCACCUAUAGGUUCUAAAGAGGUCAAAGAACGAAGCAACAGAAUGAAAAAGUUGUCUUUGGGGAUGGAAGAUUAUGGGGAAGAUCCCAAAACCCCAAAAUCACAGUCUAGUGACAGCUAUCGGAAACCGUCUCUCAUUAGCCACAAUUACGGUCCUAGUUCAAACCCAACCAGACGCCGACCAAGUCAUGGAAGUGUAUUCAAUUUCCAUGUAUCCGGCCGAGAUGCUGGUUCAAGGGCUGAGUUUGGGGAGGAUGAAUCUAGCAGCAUUGGGGAGACGGAGAUCCAGCACAGCACACUGCUGGCUGCACGAAUGGGAAGGCGUCCAAGCAUCCAAAGUCAAACCAGCUACAGUCCUCGCCUGACAGCUCCAAACUACAUGCAGCCCGGCAGAUGGGCUGCUGGAGACGAUUGCAAUGGGAUGGUUUCAUUGAUGGGGGGCAGUGGAACAAGGCCGUUUAACAUGGAUCCCAUUUCCAAUGAAGGGUCAUUACUUCCUCCAGUUAUGGAAAAUCCUGGGAAAGGAGAUCUGACUACUUCUUGUGAUGAAGCCAACAAGAGGUUCCAAACUCAGCGUCUCUCAGUGGAUUAUUAUAAUCACCCACUUCAGAGACAAAGGGCAGCAAGUGCAGUCAGCAUCAUUACCAGUGCGCUGGAAGAACUUGAAGAAUCUAAUCAGAAGUGCCCCCGCUUCUUGAAGAACUUGGCUGCAAAGUAUCUUGUGUGGAACUUUUGCCCACUGUGGUUGAAGAUAAAGAAGAAUGUGGGCGUUUUUGUUAUGGAUCCAUUUACGGACCUCACAAUCACAGUUUGCAUUGUGAUGAAUACUCUCUUUAUGGCGCUAGAACACUAUAAAAUGUCCCCUGAUUUCGAGUCCAUGCUUGGGAUAGGCAACAAGAUUUUCACCGGAAUUUUCACUGCAGAAGUGAUCCUGAAAAUCAUUGCGCUGGAUCCCUAUUAUUAUUUUCAGCAGCGCUCAAAUAUCUUUGACAGUGUGAUUGUCUUCAUAAGCAUCAUUGAACUGAGCAGUGAACCCAAAGAGAAUAAGGCAUCAGGGAAGAAAGGCAGCAGGAAAGGAAAUUUUACAGUUUUACGGACCUUGAGGCUGAUGCGAGUCUUCAAGUUGGCGAAGUCUUGGCCAACCUUAAACACCCUUAUUAAGAUAAUUUUAAACUCGGUGGAUGCUCUGGGCAACCUCACCCUCGUUCUGGCCAUUAUCGUCUUUAUCUUCGCUGUAUUUGGAAUGCAGCUAUUUGGGGGCAACUAUAAGACUCAUUGUAAGAAAUUGGCCGAUGACUGCAAACUACGAUGGCAUAUGCAAGAUUUUUUCCACUCCUUCCUUGUUAUUUUCCGAAUUUUGUGUGGAGAAUGGAUUGAAACCAUGUGGGGUUGCAUGGUGGUCAAUGAGCAAUCAAUGUGCUUGCUUGUCUUCUUGCUGGUCAUGGUGAUUGGAAAUUUAGUGGUGCUCAAUUUGUUCAUUGCCCUGCUGCUGAACUCGUUCAGCACUGACAACCUCCUCCAACUCCCGGAAGAUGACCGAGAAACGAACAACCUUAAAAUUGCCUUCGCUCGGAUCCACCGAGGGCUUCAUGCAGCAAAACAGGCAAUGUUGGCUUUUUGUUUCAAAGCUCUUGGGUACAAGCGGAAGGCAGCUCAGAAGAAAAUAAAAUGUGAAUCUGAGAAGAACGGGCUGGAGCUUCGAAAAGAUCUCCCAAACUGUCAUGGUAACAGAGAGAUCGAGAAGAAUGGGGAGAGGUGCUCCGUUCAUAUCCCGGAUGAUUUCAUCAGCAACCCCAAUGUGUUUGUCUGUGUUCCCAUUGCUGCCCCCGAGUCCGAUAGCGAGGGGUCUGAAGAUGCUGAUGAGAAGCAGGUGGCAGCCAUGGAGACAGAAUAUGCUGAGAAGGUAAGGAGCCAGCUGGAGGCCACAUUUCCAUGUUCAAGGAAAGGCGGACAAAUAUUGCAGCGGACAGAAAUGGAGACAGCAAUAUUAAUGCCAGUCCUCAAUAUUCUGCCCCACUUUCUGAACAUUCUGUCACACUGUAGAAUUAAUGAGAAGCAGAACCAAUGAUGUGAUUGUGCUAAUAGAAGGUCACCUCAUGAGGAACAAGAUUAGCUUCUGCC